CUCACACUAUGCAUAUCCUCCUCAGCUCUGGUUUAGUCACUAGAUUUGAGGUUGUGGCUUCAAAUGACUCUUCCUCUUCUUCCUCGUCUUCGCCCUCUCAGCCUCAGCAGCAGCAGCCGCGUGGUGUUAAGGUGAGGCCUAAUAGAGUCGCGAACAAAAAGAAGCAGAAGCAGCAGCCGUCUGUUAUGGAGAUUGAACGGGCCAUUGGAGCUGGGAUUUUCCGGGAGAGAGAUGUCAACAGUGGAGGAGAAGGAGAGAAGGCAAAUCUUGUUGAUAAUAUACUGAAGAAUUCAGUUGGGAAGAAUGAAGGGUCUGUGGAGAAGAGGCUGAGGGAGACCGGGGAAUGGCUUCUCGAUCAAACCGAGACCAGAACUCGCUCUGCAGGUAUUCAUCGCUCUUUUGUUGGGUUGCAAACUCAUCCCAAAGCGGACAGACAAUAUCAAACUAAUACAGUCGACCGUCCUAAUAAGUGGUAUCAAAGCUCGAAGAUAACUCGGGUUUGCAAGAGUAGCUGAUCAACUAGUUUGUGGUUUGCAGGAAAGCAAAUCUUGAUGACCAUAUUUGUAUGGAUUAUACCUCUGUGGAUAGCUGGAUUUCUUGUGGCUGCGGGCAUCAUUUCACUGCCAUUUCACACCCCAUUUCUAGAUGAUCUUAUUUCUUGAUUUGUAAUGUCACAUUAAUGAUGAUAUUAUCAUGUGUAGUGAGAGAUAUGGAUGCAAUACACAGAUUAAGUGUGUCAAUAUUAUUUUACCACUUUUUACA